AUGCCGGUCUACAUGCUCUACGGUUUCCGAUGGCCACGGGCUGGCUUCACCGGCAUCCGAGUUUACAUCGUCCUGAACAAUCUAGAAGACGCAACGGCCGAGUACGUCCAGAAACCAAUCACGAAUAAAUUACUGCUGGAAUCGUUCAGCAAGACGGAGCCGGACAUCGCCUCGAAUCUUCCCGAACUGCGCUUUGUCGAACAGUACGACCCCGAGGACGAGAGCCACGACGCUGUCAGCAAGCCUUAUGCGUAUGUUGGCGCGAAGGUGAUCAGUAUACCUGAGGAAGGGUCGCAAAAUGCAGGGAGUUCUUGGAAUGCAGAUAUUUUUCAGGAGAACCCGCUAGAUCCGGCUGGCACAAAGGCGCUGGCUGAGUUUAGGGAUAAAUAUGCUGCUGGGGAGAGGAUUGGGUGGUGGAUUGUUUAUAAUGGGGAUCCCGAACGGUAUUUUCCCCAGAACGAGGAUGAUAUUAUGGAGGAGGAUGAAGACUAUUACGACGACGACAGCUAUGAUCGGUCUGUAUCUUCGAUCGGCGCGCCAUCAACGCCCACGCUCCGGAUUCCCGAGUCUUUCACGCGUUUCUUCAGCAAACGGUCCUCAUGA